CACCCCCCGCACUCCCCGCGGGGCCGCCGCUCGUGGGGCGCGCCCGGGACCCCCCAAAACCGCCCCGCCAUGGCGGGCACCCCGCCGGCCCUCACCCUCCUCCUCCUCACCGCCCUCAGCCCCCUGGCCGCCGAGGAAGUGGUGCUGCUGGACUUCGCCAAGGCACACGGGGAGCUGGGCUGGCUCACCCAUCCUUACGGAAAAGGGUGGGACCAGCUGCAGAACGUCCUCAAUGACUCCCUGAUCUACAUGUACUCCGUGUGCAACGUCCUGGAGGGCGAGCAGGAGAACUGGCUCCGCACCAACUGGAUCUACCGCGGCGUGGCCCAGCGCAUCUUCAUCGAGCUGCAGUUCACCGUGCGCGACUGCAACAGCUUCCCCACGGCCGGCGGCGGCUCCUGCAAGGAGACCUUCAACCUCUACUACGCCGAGUCCGACGUGGAUUACGGCACCAACUUCCAGAAGCGGCAGUUCAGGAAGAUCGACACCAUCGCUCCGGAUGAGAUCACCGUGCAGGAGGAUUUCGCCGCCCGCAACGUGAAGCUCAACGUAGAGGUGCGGUCGGUGGGGCCGCUCCGCAGGAAGGGUUUCUACCUGGCCUUCCAGGACCUGGGCGCCUGCGUGGCGCUGCUCUCCGUGCGCGUCUACUACAAGCGGUGCCCGGCUGUGGUGCGGGGCAUGGCGCGCUUCCCAGAGACCGUGGCCGGUGCCGACUCGCAGACCUUGGCCGAGGUGCGGGGCUCGUGCGUGGACGAGGCGGUGGCCGAGCAGGCGCCGGCCCUGCACUGCAAUGCCGACGGAGAGUGGCUCGUGCCCAUCGGGGAGUGCCUGUGCCGGGCCGGCUUCCAGAGCCUGGGAGACACCUGCCAAGCUUGUCCCCCUGGCACCUUCAAGGCCGCGGUGUCCUCGGGGGGCUGCCAGCCCUGUCCCCCCCACACCCUGCCCGCACCGGCCGCUGCUGCUGCCUGCCCGUGUGAGGAUGGAUUUUUCCGGGCCCCUGAGGACCCCGCGGAGCAUCCCUGCACCCGUCCCCCCUCGCCCCCCCAGGCUGUCACAGCCCUGGGGUUGGGGGCUGCAGUACAGCUGCGCUGGGCCCCCCCUGCCGACCCCGGUGGCCGCGAGGACGUCACCUACAGCGUCACCUGUGAGCAGUGCUGGCCCGAGAGCGGCGAGUGCCGGCCCUGCGAUGGGGGGGUCCGGUUCUCACAGCCCCCCCAGGGGCUCACAGGGACGGAGGUCACUGUCACCGACCUGGAGCCACACGUCAACUACACCUUCACUGUGGAGGCCCGCAACGGGGUGUCCCCCUCCAGCCACCAGCGCAGCGUGGCCAGCACCACCAUCAGCGUCAACCAGACAGAGCCCCCCCGGGUGACAUCAGUGAGCCUGGAUGGACGGACAGCCACCAGCCUGGUCCUGUCCUGGACGGUGCCACUGCGGCAGCAGAGUCGGGUCUGGAAGUACGAGGUCACCUACAGCAAGAAGGUGGAUGAGAACAGCUACUCGGUGCUGCGCUGCGAGGGCACCUCUGUCACCCUGCCCAAACUGUCCCCAGGCACCGCCUACGUGGUUCGAAUCCAGGCUCUCACUGCUGACGGCCAAGGGGUCUUCAGCCCCCAGCACGAGUUUGAGACCCUGCCCGAGGGUUCCGAGGCCAUGGCAUCGACCACCGUCAUCGCUGGCAGCAUCGCCGGUGUCAUCUUCGUUGUCUUCCUCUUGGUCACUCUCCUCUACAUCCUCCAGCGGAGGAGAAGGUCACGGCCACGCCAAUCCGCCGAGGACGUCUACUUCUCCAAGUCAGACCAGCUGAAGCCCCUCAAGACCUACGUUGACCCCCACACUUAUGAAGACCCCAACCAAGCCAUGCUCAAGUUCACCACUGAGAUCCCUCCAUCCUUCAUCACCCGCCAGAAGGUCAUCGGUGCUGGUGAAUUUGGGGAGGUGUACAAGGGCACCCUGAAGCGUGGCAGGAAGGAGGUGCCAGUGGCCAUCAAGACGUUGAAGGUGGGGUACACAGAGAAGCAGCGCGUGGACUUCCUGAGCGAGGCCACCAUCAUGGGACAGUUCUGCCACCACAACAUCAUCCGCCUCGAGGGCGUUGUCUCCAAGUACAAGCCCUUCAUGAUCGUCACGGAGUACAUGGAAAACGGGGCGCUGGAUAAAUUCCUGAGGGAAAAAGAAGGCGAAUUUGGCAUCAUCCAGCUGGUGGGAAUGUUGAGGGGCAUCGCUGCUGGCAUGAAGUACUUGGCCAACAUGAAUUAUGUCCAUCGGGACCUGGCUGCCAGGAACAUCCUGGUGAACAGCAACCUGGUGUGCAAAGUGUCCGAUUUUGGGCUCUCAAGGGUGCUGGAAGAUGAUCCUGAAGCCACCUACACCACCAGCGGCGGGAAGAUCCCGAUCCGUUGGACAGCACCUGAAGCCAUCUCCUACCGCAAGUUCACCUCUGCCAGCGACGUCUGGAGCUACGGCAUCGUCAUGUGGGAGGUGAUGUCCUACGGCGAGCGGCCCUACUGGGAGCUCCCCAACCACGAGGUGAUGAAGGCCAUCAACGAGGGCUUCCGCCUCCCUGCGCCGCUGGACUGUCCCUCGGCCAUCUACCAGCUGAUGAUGCAGUGCUGGCAGCAGGAGCGCUGCCGGCGCCCCAAAUUCCCCGACAUAGUCAGCAUCCUCGACAAACUCAUCCGCGCCCCCGAGUCCCUCAAGGCACUGGCAGAUUUUGACCCUCGGGUGUCCAUCCGGCUGCCCAGCACCAGCGGCUCCGAGGGCGUCCCGUUCCGCUCGGUCCCGGAGUGGCUGGAGUCCAUCCGCAUGCCCCAGUACACCGAGACCUUCAUGGCCUCGGGCUACAGCACCAUCGAGAAGGUCCUGCAGAUGACCAGCGAGGACAUCAAGCGGAUCGGGGUGCGGCUGCCGGGCCACCAGAAGCGCAUCGCCUACAGCCUGCUGGGGCUGCAGGAGCAGGCGGGGGCUGGGGGGGCCCCGGGCUGACCCCACAACCCCCGAACGCCACGUGGACCCCCCCUCCCCCCCGAGGGGUUUAUUUAUUAUUUCUGUUAUUAUUAAGGGUUUUUUUAUAGUGUUAUUGAUAUUGUCCCCACGCCUGGGGAUGAAAUGGGUGCUGCCCCUCCCCAGUAAAAAAAUGGAAUUUCAAGCUUCUUUGGAACUGGGGGAGGGAUUUUUCUUCUUAUUUUCCCCCCACAUUUCAAGAAAAAAAGGACUAAGUCCCAAAACUGAUUUAUUUUUGCUUUUUUUCUCCCUAUUUAUUCCUCUCCCACCGGGUUUUUGGGUGGUUUUUUUUGUGCUUUAUCGCUGAUCUGCCAGUGUUGCCUUGUAUUUUUAACCUAAUUUAUUCUAUUUUUGUAUAUUUAUUGCGAGGAAUUAAAGGUCGUGUCAGGUUUGGGAGAGAAAAAAAGGGGGAAAUAAAAAAACCCAGCUUGGAUGCUUUUUUCCCCCUUUUUUUCAUGGAUUUAUGGGGAUUUUUGUGGGGUUUUGAAUAAAAGUAUGUGCUUUUUGGUUUUCUAGAA